AUGGAUGAUUAUAAUGAGAAAGAAGUUUAUAUAAGUGAAGAGGAGGAAGAAGAAGAGCACGAGCACGAACAAGAGCAAGAACGAGAACAAGAUCAAGAAGACGGAAUAGAAAACAAUAAUAACGAAGAAAAUUAUGAUAAGAGAAAUGGAUAUUAUUUGGAAGAAAAUCAUGACCAAGAUGUUGAGGAAAUACAUGAGGAUGACGAUGAUGUAAAUAAUACAUAUGAAUAUGAUAAUGAAAAAUAUAUACACAAGGUAGAAGAUAAUAAUUUAUCUGAUAAUGAUAUAGUAGAAGAAGAUGAAGAAAAUGAUCAAAAAAUAGACGAAGAUUUAAAUGAAGAAGAAGAAUAUGAACAUGAUAGUAAUCAUAAUAAUAUAGAUAUUGAUGAAAGUAAUAAAGAAGAAAGUGAAGCUGAACAAAAUUUAAAAAAAGAAGAGUAUGAAAGUGGUGAUGAAGAAAAAAAAGAUAUAUUACAAAAGAAUGUUACGUAUGCAAAUACCAUAAUAAAAGGUGGAAGGAAUUUACGAAAUUUAAACAAAUCAAGUACAACAUUUGAUAAAUCAGGAAACGAGAAAAAUAAUAAUAUGAAUGGAGGUGGUAAUAAUUUUAAUAAAAAUUUAUCAGAUGAAAAUAAUUUACAAAAUAAUAUACCCCAUGGUAGAAGGAAAAGAAAAGUAUCAAAAGAUUUAAAUUUAGAUAAUGAAUAUGUGUAUGGAACUAAUUUAAAUUUUAAACAUUCCCGUAAUUUUAAUGAUGAUGUAGAUGAUCAUGAUGAAAAUGAAAAUAACCAUGAUGAAAAUAAUAAUGAAGAAAUAAAUGAGCAUAAUGAAAAUGAAGACCAUCUUAUUAAUAAUGAUGAUGAAAAUGCAAAUAACGAUGAUGAUAAUAAUCUAAUUAAUGAUAAUGAAAAUGUUGUAAAAACUAAUGAAAAAAUAUUAAACGGGAAGCAUACCAAUUUAAGAGGAAGUCAUUUGAAAUUAAAAACAAAUAGAACCAAAAAAAGUAAAAAACUAUCCAAUAAAUUGAAUAGAAAUAUUGCUAAAAGUGUGAAUAAAAAUAAUAAUGGUAGAUAUGGAAAUUUGGGAAGAGCUCAUGCAACAACUACACAAGGAAAUGAAAAAAAGGUUCAUGCUUCGAAUGAUAACGCCGAAUAUACAACUUAUAAUAGAGGAAAGAAUUCCACAACAAAUAAUUUUUCAAAUAGACAUAGUAGAGUAGCGUUUAAUAAUAACAAUGAAGGUACAUAUUAUGGUGGACAUAAUAACAAUACUGGUACUAAUCAUGGAAGCAGAUAUAAUGAUCCCCAUGAAGAAGCUGAACCUAAAAAGGGAAAGAAAAAAAGAGUUACCGAAGAAGGUUCAAAAGAAAGUGGGAAGAUCAAUGUUGGAGAUAGUUAUCAGGUAUCGAAUUUGCCAAACUUUUUCUUAUGUAGAUCUGAAUUAAUGUAUAAAAAUUAUGAUACUCAAGAAAAUACGAAUGACCAGAUGUGCCUCUCUUGUUCAGGUUUACCAUGUCAUUGCAAAGUAGGAGAAGCAACAUUAGUAUAUUCUCCUAUAAUGUUAGAAAGGGUAAGAGAGAGAUGUUUAAAAAAUAGAGGAUACCAUAAAUGUGUAAAAAAUGAAAUAGAAUUAUCAGCAUAUGUACAAGAAUGUGCAAAAAGCUGGAAAUCAAAUAUUGAUGAAUGGGUACCUUUUUCACCUGAAUAUGCAUAUAAAUUAUUACAUUAUGCAAAUUAUGAUCCACAUAAAGCUAUAAGUAUAAUGAAAUCAUCCGAAUUUUCAUUUCGUAAAAUUAUGGAUCCUCCAACAAGGAAAUAUCAAAAUAAAUGGAAACCAAAGGAUAAAAGAGAGCACAUUUCAAAAAACCCAUUCCCUUCUCCUUUGACCAUAAGAACAUAUUUAUCCAAGCGACAUCACAACAGUGGAUAUCACUUGCGAUAA